AUUCAUUCGGAGGGGGGAAGCGCCUGUCCAGCGGCCAGCCAGUUGCGGGGCUAGCCAUGUAAGGCCCCCCGGGUGGCCCUGCCCGCGAGCGCGCGCGCGUGCCCUGGGCACCGCCCCUGCCCUGCCCUGACCCCUUGGCCUCGACAUGCUGUCAUCGGAGGAGCCGUCCCGCUCGGGACAAGGCCAGAAUGGACAAAGCUAGAGCCGGGGCAGGCAAGGAGUCCGUGGGAAGAGAAGCGCGCGCGCGGGGGCGCGCUCCAAGACAGCCGACCGGUGCACCAGGCCUCCGCGGGGCCACCAUGGCUCUGACCCCGGCCGGCUGGCAGCUGGGGGCCCUGGUGUGGGGCGCCUGCCUGUGCGCGCUGGUGCGCGGGCAGGGCUCGGACCCGGCGCGUUGGCGGCAGCUGAUCCAAUGGGAGAACAACGGGCAGGUGUACAGCCUGCUCAACUCGGGCUCCGAGUACGAGCCGGCGGGGCCUCGGAGCGCCCAGGGUAGCUCCCGAGUGCUGCUGGCCGGCGCGCCCCAGGCCCCGCCGCGGCGCAGCCACGGGAGCCCCCGGCGUCGCCAGGCGCCCUCCCUGCCCCUGCCCCUGCCCGGGCGCGUGGGCUCGGACACCGUGCGCGGCCAGGCGCGGCACCCGUUCGGCUUCGGCCAGGUGCCCGACAACUGGCGCGAGGUGGCCGUCGGGGACAGCACGGGCAUGGCCCGGGCCCGCACCUCCGUCUCCCAGCAACGGCACGGGGGCUCCGCCUCCUCCUCGGUCUCGGCCUCGGCCUUCGCCACCACCUACCGCCAGCCGCCCUCCUUCCCACAGCAGCAGUUCCCCUACCCGCAAGCGCCCUACGUCAGCCAGUACGAGAACUAUGACCCCGCGGCUCGGACCUACGAGCAGGGCUUCGUGUACUACCGCGGCGCGGGCGGCGGCCUGGGCGCAGGGGCGGCGGCCGUGGCCUCGGCCGGGGUGCUCUACCCGUUCCAGCCGCGGGCGCGCUACGAGGAGUACGGCGGCGGCGGCGGCGGCGAGGAGCAGCCCGAGUACCCGGCGCAGGGCUUCCACCCGGGCGCCGAGAGGCCGUACGCGCCGCAGCCGCAGCCGCAGCCCCCCGACGGCCUGGACCGCCGCUACUCGCACAGCCUGUACAGCGAGGGCGCCGGGGGCUUCGAGCCCGCCUACCCCGACCCCGGGCCCGGCCCCGACGCGGCGCCAGCCGGCGGCGGCGACCCCCGCCUCGGCUGGUACCCCUCCUACGGGAACGCGCCGCCUGAGGCCUAUGCGCCGCCGCGCGCCCCGGAGCCGCCGCAGCCGCCCUUCCGCGUGCUGGAGCCGCCCUACCUGCCGGUGCGGAGCUCGGACGCGCCCCCGCCGCCCGGUGCGGAGCGCAACGGCGCGCAGCAAGGCCGCCUCAGCGUGGGCAGCGUGUACCGGCCCAGCUCCAACGGGCGCGGCCUCCCUGACCUGGUACCCGACCCCAGCUAUGUGCAGGCGUCCACUUACGUGCAGAGAGCCCACCUGUACUCGCUGCGCUGUGCCGCCGAAGAGAAGUGUCUGGCCAGCACAGCCUACGCCCCCGAGGCCACCGACUACGACAUGCGGGUGCUGCUGCGCUUCCCCCAGCGCGUGAAGAACCAGGGCACCGCGGACUUCCUGCCCAACCGCCCGCGGCACACCUGGGAGUGGCACAGCUGCCACCAACACUACCACAGCAUGGACGAGUUCAGCCACUAUGACCUGCUGGACGCUGCCACGGGCAAGAAGGUGGCCGAGGGCCACAAGGCCAGCUUCUGCCUGGAAGACAGCACCUGUGACUUCGGCAACCUCAAGCGCUACGCGUGCACCUCCCACACGCAGGGCCUGAGCCCAGGCUGCUACGACACCUACAACGCCGACAUCGACUGCCAGUGGAUCGACAUCACCGAUGUGCAGCCGGGGAACUACAUCCUCAAGGUGCACGUGAACCCCAAGUACAUGGUCUUGGAGUCGGAUUUCACCAACAACGUGGUGAGAUGCAACAUCCACUACACGGGUCGCUACGUCUCCACAACAAACUGCAAAAUUGUCCAAUCCUGAUCUCAGAGGGACGGAGGCCGAUCUCUCCCCGUCCCAGGAGGCCCUACUCCCAGGCAGCGUCCGCUGAGGGGCCCGGACCCCAACCCACGAGCGGGCUGCAGCUGGCGCUGGGGUGGGGGCGCCCCUUCCUGCAGGGGCAAAGGGUCACCGAGGGCCAAGGCCGCGGGCACACCCAGACCGCCAGGCCCUGUUCUGCCCUUCUCUCUGCCACGUCGUUUGUCGGUUGUUGGUUUUUGUUUUUAUUUUUUUUUUAUGUUUGGGCCCCGGGUUCGUGCUGAAUAAAACGAGGGUUUUCUAUUC